AUGCUUAUAGGUAUCGCUGACAAACUUGUAGAAGCACGGUCGUUUCUUCUCGAAGAGCUGUUCAACAAGUUUUCGGGCCCUCUUGAUUUAGCUUCUUCUAUACAGGUGGUGAAUAAUGUGCGCAAAAUGCCUUAUCUUACGCCUACACAACUACGUGCGUGUAUUUUGCAACACAGGGACAUGUAUUUGGAUAGACAGAUACUCGAUAUAACGAAUCACCCUGAAUUCGCUAUUCGUGCUAUUGAGAUAUAUCGGGACUGCAUGUAUGACACACUUGUUCUAUACCUGGCUGUGUUUCCUGAAAGUGAAACAGUUCGGAAGGAUUUGUCCCUGGAUCCUCGUUGGGAAACCUGGCCGUCGAGUGCACCAUCUUCAGUUCUUGGUCAGUGGACAGCACGCAAUAUAACCAGAUUGUUGGAUCUAAUUUCUAGAACGGAUAUGAAGAGUGGUGUUGACAUGUGCACUGUAUGGUCGAAGCUGAUGUCUUUAGCAGCAUCCCUUGGUCGUAUGGGUCUAGAUUUUCGCUCUCUGGUGGUGAACUCUUUGGUGAAAGUAUCUCUAGAGCGCUUUACUUCAGCUGUUCGAACGGCUACAAACAAGUUCCUCAAUGAAACAAAAGUGUUGUCCGUGUCUAGCGGAGAACUUUCAUCGCUAUCCGACCGUGGAGCACCAACCAGUGGCCCACCGCAACCAUCUCCAGAGAUUUCCAUGUGGGACGACAUAUGUGUCUAUGGGAACGCUAUUCUUGAAGCUCUCAAUAAUCUUCGCUACACUCCAAGUCCCAUGCUCAUACAAAGUGUGGUUCUUUGCUUACGAGACUCGUUGCGCAGUAUACUACUGUGGUUGCUUGGUCACUCAUCGUCAGCGCAUUUCGCUAAAGCUGUGGAGAUUUUCUGCCUCCAUUUUGGACCCUUCAUUGGGCGAUGCAUUCGAUUCCUGUUCCCGUUUUCAGCUAUCACAAGGCUAUUUGGGACGUCCAUUAGCCCUCAGAUUUAUGAGUCGUUCACUGAGAUCGACAUGCCAGCCCUAAUCGCUUCGUGCGAUGGUGGUGAACGAAUUGAGGAAAUCCUUCAGAAUCUGUCGGCUCGAGAGAAGUUCUUGACUCUUGGAGAAGUUCUCGUUUCUCAGCAAGAACAGAUGACUGCUCCACAAGCAGAUGCUUCUGCUGCAGCAGAUGAGCCUGGCCAGCAAGAGGUCAAAGCUUACGAAUUUUCGGACACCUCCAUGUGCACUCCUCCACAGCAUGAAUCAAGCAGCAUUCAUUUCGACAUAGGUGAUGAUCCAGAAGAAGCUGUGUUAGAAAAAUCAGAUUCAAUUUCUGCAAGCAAAUCAGUUGAUGUUGAAACUGCAACCAGUCGUUCCCAGCCUGACUCAGAAGAAAAGUCGGAGUCAGUUCCUGUGAGCGAUUUAGAUGUUAGGACUGCAACUAGCCAUGCUCAUCCGGAUAUGGACACAGUGGACACUCAGUUAUCAAUAGCAACCGACGAUGAUCUCCCGGCACUGGUGGACACGGCUCCCAGUCCUUUUUACAGUGAAACGGAGUUAGUAUCUACACAGGAGGCUGAUCUGCAGAGCGACAAACAAGUUUUCGAAAGAAGUGAGCAUGCCAAAAAAGACUAA